CGCGCCGGGCAGUUCGCGCGCGAGCGGGUUGCUGGGGCUCCGAGGCUGCGGGUCAGCGGGAACGGAAACGCUUGCGGGGCGGAGGGGAAGGCAGGAUGGCGACUCCGAGUAGGAAGACGUCGACUCCGAGCUCCCUGCCCUCCAAGCGAGCUCUCCCGAGAGAUCCCUCGUCAGAGGUCCCGAGCAAAAGGAGGAGCUCGGCCCCGCCGCCACUGCCAUCAUCCAGGCCUUUCGUGGAGGGCUCGAUCGUCCGCAUCGUGAUGGAGAACUUCUUGACGUAUGAUGUCUGUGAAGUGUCUCCCGGACCCCACUUGAAUAUGAUUAUUGGAGCGAACGGGACAGGGAAGUCCAGCAUUGUGUGUGCCAUUUGUCUCGGAUUAGCAGGCAAACCCGCUUUCAUGGGACGGGCAGAUAAGGUUGGCUUUUUUGUGAAGAGAGGAUGUUCCAAAGGAAUGGUUGAAAUUGAACUGUUCAGAAAUUCUGGAAAUCUUAUAAUCACCCGUGAAAUUGACGUGGCCAAAAAUCAGUCAUCUUGGUUCAUCAACAAAAAAUCCACAACCCAGAAAGUAGUGGAAGAGCAAGUUGCAGCCUUAAAUAUUCAAGUGGGCAAUCUUUGCCAGUUUCUACCUCAGGAUAAAGUUGGAGAAUUUGCUAAACUGAGUAAAAUUGAACUCCUUGAAGCUACUGAGAAGUCCAUUGGGCCUCCAGAAAUGCACAGAUACCACUGCGAACUCAAAAACUUCAGGGAGAAAGAAAAACAACUAGAGACUUCGUGCAAAGAGAAGACGGAAUAUCUAGAGAAAAUGAUUCAGAGGAAUGAAAGAUACAAACAAGAUGUGGAGCGGUUCUAUGAACGUAAGCGGCAUUUAGAUUUGAUCGAGAUGCUUGAAGCGAAAAGACCAUGGGUGGAAUAUGAAAAUGUCCGUCAGGAGUAUGAAGGAGUAAAGCUGGCUCGAGACCGAGCGAAGGAAGAGGUCCGAAAACUGAAAGAAGGGCAGAUUCCCAUGACACGUCGAAUUGAAGAAAUCAAGAGGCAGCGUUACAGUUUGGAGGCUCGAAUCAAAGAGAAGGCAACAGAUAUUAAAGAGACGUCUCAAAAAUGCAAACAAAAGCAAGAUAUUAUAGAAAGGAAAGAUAAACAGAUUGAGGAGCUGCAGCAGGCUCUCACGGUAAAACAGAAUGAGGAACACGACCGCCAGCGGAGGAUCAGUAACACUCGGAAGAUGAUCGAAGACUUGCAGAAUGAACUGAAGUCCGCGGAAAACUGUGAGAAUCUUCAGCCCCAGAUUGAUGCCAUUACCAAUGAUCUGAGACGAGUUCAAGAUGAAAAGGCAUCAUGCGAAGGCGAGGUGUUCGAUAAGCGAGGAGAGAAGGAGUCUCUGGAGAAGGAGAAAAAGAGCGUGGGUGAUAAUAUUGUACGAUUUGACAAUCUUAUGAAUCAAAAGGAAGAUAAGCUGAGACAGAGAUACCGUGACACAUAUGAUGCUGUUUUAUGGCUACGAAAUAACCGGGACAAAUUUAAGCAAAGAGUCUGUGAGCCAAUAAUGCUCACGAUCAAUAUGAAAGAUAAUAAAAAUGCCAAAUAUAUUGAAAAUCAUAUUUCAUCAAAUGACUUGAGAGCUUUUGUAUUUGAAAGUCAAGAAGAUAUGGAAGUGUUCCUCAAAGAGAUUCGUGACAAUAAAAAAUUAAGAGUAAAUGCUGUUAUUGCUCCCAAGAGUUCAUAUGCAGACAAAGCACCUUCACGAUCUCUGAAUGACCUCAAACAGUAUGGGUUUUUCUCUUACCUGCGAGAAUUGUUUGAUGCACCUGAUCCCGUCAUGAGCUUCCUUUGCUGCAAUUAUCAUAUUCAUGAAGUUCCUGUGGGAACUGAAAGGACCAGGGAAAAAAUUGAACGGACUAUAAACUUCUGGAUAGAAGCAAGCCACACGAGUAUUGGUGGUGAAGCUGCAGAGGUAAUACAAGAAACCCAGUUAAAACAGAUGUACACAGCAGAAGAAAAGUAUGUGGUGAAAACUUCCUUUUAUUCAAACAAAGUUAUUUCUAGCAACACAUCCCUAAAAGUAGCCCAGUUUCUUACAGUCACCGUGGAUCGAGAGCAGAGAAGACACUUAGAAGAACAGCUAAAGGAAAUUAAUAGAAAACUGCAAGCCGUGGAAGCAGGGCUGAUUGCCCUGUAUGAGAGAAACAAGCACCUGGAGCACAAAGACAAUGAACUUAGACAGAAGAAGAAGGAGCUUCUUGAAAGGAAAACCAAGAAAAGACAACUGGAACAGAAAAUCAGUUCCAAACUAGGAAGUUUAAAGCUGAUGGAACAGGAUACUUGCAACCUUGAGGAGGAGGAGCGGAAAGCAAGUACCAAAAUCAAGGAAAUCAACGUUCAAAAAGCAAAACUUGUUACUGAGUUAACAAACUUUGUAAAGAUUUGUACUUCUUUGCACAUAGAAAAAGUUGAUUUAAUUCUUCAAAAUACUACAGUGAUCUCCGAGAAGAACAAAUUAGAGUCAGAUUACAUGGCUGCGUCAUCACAGCUCCGUCUCACAGAGCAACAUUUCAUCGAGCUGGAUGAAAGCAGACAGAGGUUACUGCAGAAAUGCAAGGAACUGAUGAGGAGAGCGAGGCAAGUAUGCAACCUGGGCGCAGAGCAAACCGUCCCUGAGGAGUACCAGACACAAGUACCCACCAUUCCAAAUGGACACAACUCCUCACCCCCCAUGGCUUUUCAAGACCUUCCAAACACAUUGGAUGAAAUUGAUGCUUUAUUAACCGAAGAAAGAUCCAGAGCUUCUUGCUUCACAGGACUGAAUCCCACAAUCGUUGAGGAAUACACAAAAAGAGAAGAAGAAAUAGAGCAAUUAACGGAGGAACUAAAGAUAAAGAAAGUUGAACUGGAUACAUACAGGGAAAACAUUUCCCAGGUGAAAGAAAGGUGGCUCAAUCCUUUAAAGGAGCUCGUAGAAAAAAUUAAUGAAAAAUUCAGCAAUUUUUUUAGUUCCAUGCAGUGCGCUGGCGAAGUGGAUCUGCAUACAGAAAACGAGGAGGACUACGACAAGUACGGCAUCCGCAUCCGCGUCAAGUUCCGCAGCAGCACGCAGCUGCACGAGCUGACGCCGCACCACCAGAGCGGGGGCGAGCGCAGCGUGUCCACCAUGCUGUACCUGAUGGCGCUGCAGGAGCUCAACCGCUGCCCCUUCCGCGUGGUGGACGAGAUCAAUCAGGGAAUGGACCCCAUCAAUGAACGCAGAGUGUUUGAAAUGGUUGUAAAUACUGCUUGUAAAGAAAACACCUCUCAGUACUUCUUUAUUACACCGAAGCUCCUGCAGAAUCUUCCUUACUCUGAGAAGAUGACAGUGUUGUUUGUCUACAACGGUCCUCAUAUGCUGGAACCUAACAGAUGGAACUUAAAGGCUUUCCAGAGGCGGCGGCGGCGGAUCAUGUUCACUCAACCGCAGUGAAAGUAGAGGGUGACAGCUGUGACCUUUUUCUGGUUAAAUCCUGUUUAUAAGUGUGGCUCACUUGAAUAAAAGGCAAUUCACCCAAGACUAAGAGAUCCGUCAUUUUUGGAAACCUGGGGCUAAAGGAAAUGGGUCGAUGGUUGGAGACCAUAGUAACUCUGGGGAACGCAUCCCAUAGUAGAAAUUAGUCUUUGGUGUUUGUUGCACUUGAGUCCUUGGCCCUCUGACCGUCUAUCACAGGGUCCCCAUGAUAAAAGGGGUUGCCUGUGGUAUGUCACAGGUGCAGGGCGAGUGCAGGGGGUCUGUAACCCCGAGCUAGGAUUUCAGAGUAACUUCAGUCACCGCCAGAGUCUACGGAGGGCUCUGCAGCUCAAGUCACAGUUUCCUCCCAGGGUCCUGUUUAAUUCUUUAAAAUUGAUAUGGAAAUGUCUAGACUAUAAUAAGUUAUGACAAGUCUAUUCAGUUCUUCCUAUUAAAAAGGAUUACCUUAUCUCCACUAGGAAAUGUGAUUUUAUGGGCCUUUAAAAUUUUUUUUAUGAGUGUAGACACUCUAAUUGUAUUGGUAUCUCAAGGGAAAACAUACUGGGCUUCAAAAAUGGUUAGGACUUGUUGGAAGUGCCACCAGGUGGCCACUAGGUGAUGCAGCGUGCAACCUAAAGAUUGACGGAGGGAAGUCAAGUGCUAAGGGUUUUUAAAGAAUAACCCUGUAAAAGAGUGGGGUUUGGUUUGGUUUUAAUUUAAAGUCAAUUGUAUUUUACAUCUUUAAUUUCUAAAAGCAUUUUUAUAAUUAUUUUUAGAAGGAUUUUUUAAGAUUUCAUAUACUGGUUUCUACAGUUUAUAUUUGAAAUUUCUCAGUGUUCUAUCAAGAGUGAAGAAGAGCAUUGAUUUGUUUUAAAACAAUGUUUCUAAAACCUAAGCUUUGAGGUCCUUUCCUUACAGUGUUGAUCCUAGAUCCUACCCCACUGUCCUAGAAAAUCUAGUUUGAACCUUUUCCUUUGAGCAGGGACGAAUUAGAGAAUCAUCGGUUUAUCUGAGUUACACCUAUUAACAGUGCCAGAAUGAUUCUCUUCUUUUAAAAAAUAAAUCUUGUGAGCUAGUGGACGAGUCCAAGAACAUGGCUCUGAACCACGGAUUGGAUCUGUGCCAGUCCUGACAAAAUUAUUGUUUUGAGUUGGUAGCUUAAAUAAAGUGAAGAAUUGUAUUGUUUGGGAUUUGUAUAUUCAUAAGUAGCCAUGAAAAUUUAUAUUCUUAUUAGGUCAAGAAAUAAUGAACCUUAAGUCUAUAUCCUCUCCCUUGGACAUUUGCUCUUUAAGAAGGUAUUUUUUUUCUUGAAAAAAUUUUUAAACAGCCUUCUCUAAUGCAUGUAUUAUGAAACUUUUAAGAUAACAUUUUUACUAGUGUAACAACACACAUGAACAUUGAAAAACUCGCUAACAUUAAUAAAGGGACAGUGUUCCCCGAUGUUUGUUGUUUAAUACUUGGUUUUACACCAAAAUACCUUUCCUAAUGUGCUUACUGUCAUGUGCUUCGUGUCUGAGUAGCGCCAGAGAUGAUGAUCUGCCGGCGGGCGAUCCGUGAGAAGACGGAGCUUGAAAUGAGGUGUGUUUGAAAAUCCAGUGGUCAAGUUUAUUACAAUUUGCAUAUGCCAGUAUUUAUUCCAUACUUCGCUAGUAAGCAUUUUCUACUUCUCUACUGGACAUUUAGUUUUACAUUGGAUUUUGAACUAUACAGGAAGAAUUAUGUAUCAUUUUAAUGUAUUAAUAAGAGAAUAAGAAACCUAACAUAAUAUUCUCAGCCACUUAAAACUUCAUAUUUUUCUGCAAUAAUUGAUUUCUAAUUACAUACAAAUUGUAAAAACUAGCCAGUCUGAUCUGAUGAACAGAAUAUUCAAAACCUGAAGGUGACAAAUAUUUUUAAUGACAAAAUCUUCAUUAAGUCGCCUAAAGAGAGUCUCUAUUCAAAGUAUUUUUAGUGUUCCUAGUAAAGACUUUUUGUUUUCUGAUUGUCUUCUGGCCACGUGCUUGUUUUCUUUGGAGUACGAAUCUUUUAUCUGUGAAAAAUGUAAUUCUGCCCCGCUGUAGUGUGCGUCCACGUGUAUCACUGGGGGAAAGACCUCUGUGGGAAGUGCCACUUUGUUGGUAAUAAAUGCAUAUUUUCAUAUUC